UGUUUGUCAGGUUCAACUCCAGCCAUGGCUUCCCAGUAGAGGUUGGUUUGGACGCCAGCAUCCUCCAGCUGAAGGAGGCAGUUGCCCAGCGACAGGGAGUUCCAGCUGACCAGCUGCGGGUGAUUUUUGCAGGGAGGGAGCUCAGCAAUGACUUGACACUGCAGAACUGUGACCUGGCUCAGCAGAGCAUUGUUCAUAUCGUCCAGAGUCCACAGAAGAACACUCAGAAUAAGGAGGAGACAGAAGAUAACUGUGCUGGAGGUACUCAAAAAACCUUGGAAAGAGAACCUGAAAGUCUAACUCGCAUAGAUCUCAGUACCAGCAUCCUCCCCUCAACAUCUGCAGGGUUGGCUGUUAUUCUGGAUCCUGGGAAAAACAGUGUUUCUCUUCCCUCUGAAAAAUCAGGUGCAGCUAGUUACAACAGUUUUUAUGUAUUUUGCAAAAAUUUCUGCCAAGCUGUGAAGCCUGGGAAACUGAGGGUCCGCUGCAGUGUGUGUAAACAAGGAACCCUGACGUUGGCAAGG